AUGACUCUUGCGAUUAUCUCAUCUAACCACGGCGAUCCGGCGCUAACGAAGCCCUCAUUCCAUUCCAGAAACGAGCGAUUUUUUUUUGUGCGUCUCAUCGCUUGCCAUUCCGGGGUAAUCUGGUACUUGCAUUGGUUACACGGCCAGCAGGAUAUCGAGGGUAGACAUCCGCCCACGCAGAAACCCGCAUCCGACCCAUUGGCCUUUCACAUGCCCCCUCGACUAAAUACCUCACCGCCAUCCAUGAAACCUCCCUCUUCCCACCGUCGCGAUCCCUCUGCUCCUCCUCCUUCUUCCAAUGCUAAAAAAGGCUCCUCUGUGAGGCCCCAGCGGCCGGCUCUCUCCCACCGAAAGAGCGCUUCUGCCCAUCUGCCCAGCCAUAACCACCAACCCUCCAUCUCCAAAUUGGGGCCUGGCAGUGGCCCGGCGAGCUGGUCCGUCAAGGACGACGGCGACGACGACAGGCCCGAGAUGGCGGCCAGUUUCCUCCAGUUCUGCGCCAUGUGCGAGAAGCAGAUAACCGUUCCCAACAAUGCCGUCCUUUACUGCAGCGAAAGUUGCCGCCGUAAAGACUCGUGCAAGCCUCUCUCCGCCUCCUUCCCCUACACGACCACCACCAUGUCUCCGUCCACGAGUCCGCCAUCUUCUCCGUCCAUGUCUCCUCGCGCCAUUGUCCCUCCCCUGACGCCCACCGGGUCGUCUCCGCGACCGACUCCGGGCCUCCGGAUACCCUCCGAUCUGCAUGAUAGCAAAGCAGAUAUGGACCCAACCGAAUGGAAGCCGGUAAUAUGGAGGCGCAACGGCAGCUCGGCCUCCUUGGCGUCGACCGAGGCGUGGACCUAUCUCUCGCAGUUCCACGGCGGCGAGGAGGCGCUGAUGAUGAUGCCCGGCCGCCGUUCGGGCGUCCAUCGCAGCAGCGCCAGUCUCUCGGCCUUGAAUAAUAAUGGCGUGCCGUCCUUGACGCACACCCCGAGCACGGCCGCCUCUUCUCUCAACAGCAGUUCGGACUACAUGGGCUCCAUGUACGACUACGCAGCCACCACUAUCCGUCCGUUACCGCCUCGUCGCAAUCCCUCGUCCUCAACUAGCGCUGGCGCUACCAAGGGAGUCGAGCUCGUCGUCCCUCACAUCGUCCCAGCAACAACAACAGCAGCAGCUCCUCCUCCUCCGACCACGGCAGCAGCAGCAGCAGCAGGAGGCAGCGACUCCUCCCGACCAUCGACCUCUCCCGAUGGCGAGAGGGAGGGAAUGUGGCUGCGGAGCGGAGGAGGAGCUGGGUCUACACCGUCCCGGUCCUGCCAGUGA